AUGAUUCGGGCGCUUCUCCAAGAUUACCAUCUUCGACUGCGUAAAUACAACAGGGUUUUGAGCCAGGCGGUAACAAAGUGCGUCGAACUCAUCGGUGAUGACGGAGUCGCGCAGUUGCAACAAGUGAUUAAUAAACGGGCCCGGAACCUGCGAGAAACGAGAGAUGCCGAGCUGGCGGUCAAGCUCCAAAGCAUAAGCAAAUCAUCUCAAGAGGAGAACGAAAUCCUGGUGCACAAUAUGUCCCUUAAGCAGCUGACUCCUGCACAAAUGAAAGUGCUGAGUCAUGAGGCUUGCUUCAACACCACAGACGCCGAUCCAGUCAACCUCGUGGCCACGGUAGAGUCGAUUCUCAAACAAACCGGGCAAUCCGAUGAAACAAAGCAUCUCAUUCGACAGCAGGUAGCCUCCUUGGCGAUGUCACACAAACCGCGUGCAACUAUUACCAAGGCCGAGCAGAGCGCUCUCAAGACACUGAGGGCUGACACCAGCAUCGUGAUUCUACCAGCAGACAAAGGGCGUUCCACAGUUGUGAUGGAUAUGGCAGACUACAUUCAGAAGGCCAAUGCCCUACUGGAGGACCGACAGGCGUACCUACCAUGUAACGAUGAACCGAUGAGGAGGCUGGUGACGCAACUGGACAAGACACUCGCCGACAUGCAAACGAGCAAGGCAAUAAGUAAAUCGGUACGACUGGCCAUUAAGCCAGUAGACGCGGCCGCGCCAAGGUUCUACGGACUACCAAAGGUACACAAAGCCGGGGUCCCCCUCCGGCCAAUCGUGUCAUUGCGCGGCGCACCUACAUUCAAUUUGGCCAAAUGGCUGUUUCGAAAUCUGAGGUCUCUCACCUCGGACGCGGGUACGACGGUCUGUUCAGCGACUCAGUUCCUGGAGCGGAUCAAAGGGAUGAGAUUUACCGAAGACGACGUCAUGGUGUCAUUCGACGUCACCUCUCUUUUCACCUCGAUCCCGCAAGACCUGCUCGAGAGUCAGUACGACGAGACGGACGUGACGGUAAAAAGGAGACAUCUCGUCCAAUUGCUGAGAUUCUGCCUGAAGACGUACUUUACCUUUGAAGGCACGACCUACGAGCAGGUCAAAGGGGACGCCAAUGGGAUCGCCGCUCUCGGGCUUCAUCGCAGAGGCAGUUCUCCAAAAAGGAGACACCCUCGUUUUCUCAACCUAUAA